CUCAAGAUCAGGGCCAGUUCCGCGUUCCCAUCGUUCAGGUUACCACCUGCAAGAUAAGUUCAGCAGUUACCAAAGACUCGAAGUUUUUUUAUCCCGUUUACCUUGCCUAAAGAGAAGUAAACAAAGCACAAUUCCAUACUAUCACAAUGCUCGCCUCCCUAUCCUUCAGUAUCCUCGGCGCUGCCGCGGUCGCCCUCGCCGUCCUCGCCACCCCAGCCUCGGCCGCUACCUACGCCGGCGUCGUCGAUAUGCGGCAGGCCUGCGUGUGGCGAUACGGCGAUGGGUGUUACAACGUCAACGUAAGGCAGCACGAUCUGCCUACGACCGGUAUUGCAUUCACCCUGUCCUGCCUAACUACUACCCCAUCAACGUCGAUGCCUACUGUGCCCGACGGUACGGUAAUAACGCCUACGCGGAUCCGCAGGGCGUCGGCAUGUAUGACUGGGGAUGCUUCUAGCCGUGAAGCGGAUGAUGCGUUGCUCGAUUAAGCAUGGCUGGGAGUACUCGGUUGUUGAUCCGCAACAAAAACGCGGAAACUUCUUAUAUCACCAGCUAUAUCGCAGAGGGCGUCAGGUCAAUGAUGGGCAGCUGUCUCUUGCUGGUAUUAGUGUGGUACAGCUAUGUCCCGCCGGUCCAAUCCGCAUCCCGGAAACUAUAUCAUCAGCAACUCCAUGACGCCUGUUCACCUCCCUACCGUCCCUUGGUAUCCAUGCUCCAUUCUCGUAUAAUACAUGACGACACACCAAGGAAAAAUGACAGUGACGGUGAGUAUAACUAUAUCACACACACCCGCUCCAUGUCAGCAUGGGGAUUGUUUCUCAUCAACAAGGGCUUAAAAGCCCAUCACCGCUUCGGGGGG